AUGUCCAUGUUCGCCAUGCCCCAACACUACGUCUACGGUGCGCCGCCGGCACCGACAAGACACUACUCCACACACGGCACCAGCAGCGCCUUCAGCAGCUCUGCCCACCCCGACGAGGACUGGACCAAGAUCUCCGACCUCGCUGAGCGCCGGCGGAUACAGAACCGCAUUGCCCAGCGAAAUUACCGCAAGAAGCUCAAGCGACGAAUGGAGGACCUCGAGCGCCGGGCUGGAUCGUCGGACGAGGCAGAGCCCGAGAAGAAGCGGACGCCCAGCCCCAGCAAGAGCGCCAAGCGCCCGUCCGCGCCCAAGGCGCAAAAGGCACAGCCCGCGCCGAUGCCUUCGAAGCCCAUUGUCCAGCAGGGCCAGUUCACCCCUCCCAUGGACAGCACAGACGAGAUUGUCUUCACCGCGCCCAUCUACGGCGAGCGCGAGCGAUCACACACGCCUCCCGUCUUCUCCUACACGCCAUACCCAGCUCCGGACGAGCUCCUGCUGGACCCCUAUGGCUCCGCGCCCGCCUACCCGAGCAUGUCUGGCCCUGCAGAGCCAUACCCCAACUACCUCACCGCGCCAGCCUCCAUGCCGGCGACGCUUCCCUCGAUGACGCACUUUGCGGACGCCAUGAAGCGGGAUUCGUACCCUAGCGACGAUGGCAUGAGCUCCUACCUCGGCUACGGCUUCGUCCCGGGCGUCGAGAUGAACAUGCCCAGCCCCUACGACGCCUCCAACGCUCAUACGCCGCCUCUGUCCAACUCCUUUGACCACUCGGCCUCUUGCUCUGAGACUGGUUACGACUACCCGACGACGCCCAUGUCCAUGCCUGGGUCUCCCGGCAUGAUUCAGCAACAGCAAUGA